AUGCGUCCCUUUUCGACGCUUGGGUGCCUGGCACUGGCCGGACUGCUUCUUUUCUCGGCCCCACAACCUGCCACGGCAACCUAUGGUAGCGACAAUCUCUUUUGUGCGUGGUACAACCCGUGUCAAAACGGUGCAACGUGCAGCUCAAACCUCUUGGGCGUGGUGUGCACCUGUCCCACGGGCUACACCGGUCUCUACUGUCAGAACGAGCCCGAGACGGGCAGGUGCGUCACCAAGCACAUCAUUGACAACUUUGAAGCUUGCAGCUACAGUAACGACGAUGGAACAGUCAGCUGGACCUCAGACUGGCAGGAAUCCGACCCAGAACACGGUGGUCCCAGCUCCGGGUUGGUCCGCAUCUUCGACGGAGAUCUUGCCCUCACCGGGCCCGCCUCUGGAGCAGGUGGCCCCAAAAUCACGCGAACCGUCGACUUGUCAAACACUCAGGACGCUCGCAUCGAGGUCAAGUUCCACUUUGAGGGAGAUGUAGAAUCAGGGGAUCAAGCCGCCCUCUACGUGCGCAAGGGCUCCCACUCUUUUAAGCGCAUUGAGACCUUUGACGUCAGCUGGUGCGGCAAGAGCAAGACCUUUAUCAAGACUUACGACAUCUCCGCCUACGCAGAUGCCGUCACCACCAUCAAGUUUCGAGUGGAGAGCGAACUUCGGCCCUCAAAUGAGUGGUUUGUCGUUGAUUAUGUCGCCGUCAUGUAUGAAAAGUGCGACGCUGGUGCCACCACCCGCGCCCCCGCCACCACCCGCGCCCCUACCACCACCACCACCACCACCACUACACGGGCUCCCACCACCACCCCUAACCCCUGCGACUCGCACACUUGCAAAAACGGCGGUACCUGCCGCAUUUCCAACGGUCGUGCGUACUGUGACUGCAAGGAUGGCUACUCCGGGUCCCAGUGCGAGACUCGUAUCACCACCACGCCCACCCCAACCACCAAAUGGGACCCGUGCAACUCG